AUGGAGAGGGUGGAGAUUCACAUCGACGGCUGGCCACGCCCAGACUGGACUGUGUACCAGGAGGAGCUGGCAGGAUCUUGGAUCUCGGUUGCCUUUGGCCCGGUCGAUGAAGCUGUGGAUGCCAACGGGACAUUCCGAGCCACGUUCAGACUUCCCGGGCUCGGAGGACCUUCUGACCUUGAGGCUCUGAAAAGCAGCAGAGCGGAGCAUGCGGAGUUGACGGCUUCCUUAGCUUCACGGUGGACUCCACAAGCUGGAGGAUUCCAGACAAUUUCGGUGGACGCCCUCCUUCCCCAGGAGGCCAAGGAGCAGCUGACGAUCAUCAGGGGUCGAAACAUUGCAGCAGCAGCGGGGGUGUGA